AUGAGCUCAUGCGCAGCUGAAGACCGGAGCUGGCGGAGUGCCUUGGCAACACUCUCCGACCUCCUGGCCGGCAGAAAGCCGAACAUUCGCCAUUGCAACGAGGCUUUCGGCACUUUGGCGACCUCCGGCCGCUGGCAGGAGAUUCUUCAUCUCUUUGAGGUUCUACCGGUGGAAAGGCUUCAACCGGAUGUGGCGACCUGCAGCAUUGCCAUGCGAGCUUGCGCGCAUGGCACGCAGUGGGUCCAUGCUUUGCGGCUCCUGUUUCAGAUGCCCAAAUACCUGGUGCAGCCGAACACGAUUUCUUUCAACACCGGAAUGAGCGCGUGUACCAACGGUGGACAUUGGGAGCGAGCAUGGGACCUUGUGGCCAGCAUGCGACAAGCUGGAAUCCCUCCGGACAGCACCGGCUUCAACACUUGCACCAACGUCUGCGCAUCUGUGGGCGCUUGGGGUGCAGCAGUGACACUGCUGACCCAGUCGGUGUUGGCUCAGGUGUCUCCGGAUGUGAUCGGCUUCAACAGCGCGCUGAAGGGCUGUGCAGUGGCCGAGGCGUGGCAGCCAGCGUGCCAUUUGCUUCGCCAGAUGCCGGAAAAGCUCGUCCGGCCCACUGCUCGAAGCUACAGCAGCUCCAUCACAGCCACCCUGAUUUGGGCAAGAGCACUGGACCUGGGUGCCCUGAGUGUGGCUUCGGAGAGCGUGGUUUGCCGGAACGGCGUCGUAGCUGCGGCCUCCCGCGCGGGGGUCUGGGCUCGCGCCGCGGCCUUGUUGGCGGCACUUUGCCACGAGGUCGAGCCCAAUAUCGUCAGCUUUGGCGGGGCCGUAGGCCCCUGGCCGCAUGCCGCAGCUUUGGCUGUUGCGGCCACAUCGGUCGGGCUUCGUCCCACCGUGGUGCUCUACAAUAGCAUCGCGAAUGCCUGUGGCGAGGACGGUCGCUGGAGCACGGCCCUUCUGGCUCUGGAGGACAUGAUUCAAGUAUCCACCACACCCACCAUCGUCACCUACAACUGCCUCAUCCGAGCCAGUGCACAGCAGGGGCUGUGGGAGCGUUCCCUGGAGAUUUUGCAGGCUCUGAUGACGGCGGCCCCCCUUCCAGAUGAGAUAAGCUUCAACUCAGCCAUUGCAGCUCUUUCGGAGAUCUACGAUUGGCCUCGGGCCUUGGACCUACUGCAGCAUAUGGAGAAGAGGAAGCUGCCCCCAGACACGGUCACCUACAACUCAGUGCUCAACGUCUGCGCACAAGAUGGCGAGUGGAUCGCUGCAGUCGCUGUGUUUGACCGUAUGAUCUCCGCAGAUGUGCGGCCCAAUGAGAUCAGCUACAGCAGUCUCCUCAGCGCCUGCGAUAAGGGAAGUCGCUGGCAGCUGGCUCUUAGUGUACUUCGAAGCUUGCGGCUUGGGGAGGUCCUGCCAGGAAUUAUGAGCUUCAACAGCGCUGUCAAUGCCUGUGGCCGUGGAGGUCAUUGGUGGCGCUUCCUGUCUCUUCUGUGCUCUCUGCCCCGGCCCGAUGCCGUCACCUACAGCAGCGGCCUCACAGCCUGCUCUUUGAGCGCGGCGUGGCAGAUGACAGUGGCCCUGUUGAAGGAAAUUCCGAAGCGGCAACUCGCCACCGGCCUUCUUUGCUACAUCUCCGUGCUUUCUGCCUGCCAAAGGAGUGGCAUUUGGCGCCUCUCCCUGGCUUUGCUGAGAUCCGAGCCAGGAGCUUGGGAUGUGGCUUCCUUCAACAACGCUGUCGGGGUAUGUGCCCGAGCCGGUAGAUGGAGGCACGCCAUGGCUGUCUUUGACACCAUGCUUGGAUCGCGGUAUGUGCCGGAUGCAAUCAGUUUUGGCUCUAGUAUCCGUGCCCUUGCUGAGGGCAGCAAGUGGGCCGAGGUGUUGGAGCUUUUGGACGCCAUGGAAGACUCAGCUCUGGACCCUGAGUUGAUCACGUACAGCUUUGCCAUGGCGGCUUGCAAUCGGGGUGGUCAGUACCACCAGUCUUUCCGGGUGCUGGCAUCCAUGGCCAGCAGGCGCCUUUGCGCCGAUGUCGUCGCCCUGGGGUGUGGCCUCGAGGCUGCAGAGAUCACCUGCAACGGUGUCAGUGCUGCAGACCUGGCGGGCGAGAUCCACCGACAGAACCUGCAAGCACUUGCAGAGGGCCUCGCAAAACGAUUCAACGACUCGUAG